AUGGAAGUGAAUGGUGAACCAGAUAUAGCUGGUAUUUUCAGCGCGGCUUUAAUGCCAUUGAAAGAUAUGAAAGAUGCAGAUAUUUUGGACCAGUAUGAAAUGAACAUGGCUGAUGGAAAUAUAACACCUGACGUUCUAGAACAUUUAUCUCAAAGAACUACACAGAACCAUAGAGAUGGUAUAUUUGGUGAAGAGUUUAGAAAGAAAGUUAGGGAGAGAGAAGGAAGAGAACCUAUUGUACAUGACCUUGCAAACGAAAGUUUACAAAAUGUCAUAAAAACUUACUUUGCAGACAAUGAACCGAGAAGGGAUGAAUAUUUAAGAAAACUCAAAUGGACAGUACCAAAUGAAAUGUUAGUAUUGAAAAACAUGUUCCUUGACAAAAUAAAACCAACUACAGAAAUAAAUGACGCAAGACUGAAACAUUGGGUAAAAGCUUUCCCAUUCACAAAAGAUAUUGUUGGUAACAUGGAAAGAAAACCAGAAUGGCUACAAAAACAUAUAUUUGGAAACGAGCUUAUUCCAUAUGGACAAGCUCUGUUUGAAGAGCUUGAACCGGAAACUCAGGAAAGAGUCAUGCAAACAAUACGCGAAGACUCAAAUACAAACUAUGACAAAAUCUUUCUAGGAUAUAGGUUACCUGAGAUGGGCGACCAGAGCCAAAGGCAAAAAGGACAUGGGAAAUUUACAACAUACUAG